GUUAUUGUUGCAUCAGAUAUCCAGCACUGAAAGAAAUGGCAAGCUCAGGAGAGCAAGCCUUUGAUUAUGGCUUCUUGCUGGGCAUAAGGGAGGAGGCCCGCAGGGCACAGGCGCUGAACGAGUACCUGAGCACUCGCAGUUACCUGGCCGGCUUUUGUCCAUCUCCAGCCGACGCUGAAGCCUUUGCGCUUCUGGGCAAGCCCCCACUCUCAAAGCAUGUUCACGCCCUGCGCUGGUACAGACAUAUAGAGGCCCUUCAGCAGGGCCCCCAGGCCCCCCCAGAACUCUGCACGAAGGGGAAGCGAGUCCAGCCUCCUUGGUCUCCUCCCGAAGGUAGUGAACCAUCCAAGCUCAAGCUUUAUAACAGCCUCACACGCAGCAAGGAAGUGUUUGUGCCCCAGAAUGGAAACAAGGUAUCAUGGUAUUGUUGUGGACCGACGGUUUAUGAUGCCUCACACAUGGGCCAUGCCAGAUCCUACAUAUCCUUUGAUAUCCUACGAAGAAUAUUGAAGGACUAUUUCAAAUAUGAUGUAUUCUAUGCCAUGAACAUCACAGAUAUAGAUGACAAGAUCAUCAAGAGAGCCAGACAGAACUACCUUUUGGAGCAGUACAAAGAGAAGAAACCUGUGGCUGCCCAGAUCCUGAAGGAUGUCCUCACAGCCAGGGAGCCGUUCAAGACGAAGCUGGCUGAAACAACAGACCCGGAUAAAAAGCAGAUGCUGGAGAGGCUGGACUCGGCUGUGACCGCUGCCCUGGCUCCUCUGCAGGAGGCAGUGAAGAGUGGAGCCUCCGACGCCAGCGUCCAGAGCCAGGCACAGGUUUUGCUGGAAGAGGCCAAAGAUCUCCUCUCUGACUGGCUGGACACUCAGUUCGGCAGUCAGGUCACAGAGAACUCCAUCUUCUCGCUUCUGCCCAAAUACUGGGAGGGAGAAUACCACAAGGAUAUGGAUGCCCUCAAUGUUCUUCCAUCAGAUGUACUCACACGGGUCAGCGAGUAUGUGCCAGAGAUUGUAGACUUUGUGAAGAAAGUUGUAGGCAACGGCUAUGGAUAUGAGUCCAAUGGUUCUGUGUAUUUUGACACGGCAAAGUUUGACAGCAACCCCAAACAUUCCUAUGCCAAACUGGUGCCUGAGGCAGUUGGCGACCAGAAGGCUCUUCAGGAGGGUGAAGGAGACCUGAGCAUCUCUGCGGAUCGACUCGGUGAGAAGCGUUCCCCUAAUGACUUUGCCCUCUGGAAGGCCUCCAAGCCUGGGGAGCCCUCCUGGGAUUCCCCUUGGGGAAAGGGGCGGCCAGGCUGGCACAUUGAGUGUUCAGCGAUGGCAGGAUCUAUUUUGGGAGAGUCAAUGGAUAUCCAUGGUGGAGGAUUUGAUCUUCGGUUCCCCCAUCAUGACAAUGAGUUGGCACAAUCUGAGGCCUUCUUUGAAAAUGACCACUGGGUUCGCUACUUUUUGCACACUGGCCACCUUACCAUUGCAGGCUGCAAAAUGUCAAAGUCUUUAAAAAACUUCAUCACUAUUAAAGAUGCAUUGGCUAAAAAUUCAGCACGACAGCUUCGUCUGGCCUUCCUCAUGCACUCCUGGAAGGAUACACUGGACUACUCCAGCAACACUAUGGAGUCCGCCAUUCAGUAUGAGAAGUUCAUGAACGAGUUCUUCCUGAAUGUGAAGGACAUCCUUAGGAGCCCCACUGACAUCACAGGCCAGUUUGAGAAAUGGGAGGCUGCAGAGAUUGAACUCAACAACGGUCUCUAUGAGCGGAGAGCGGCAGUGCACGAGGCCCUGUGUGACAACAUCGACACGCGGACAGCUAUGGAGGAGAUGAGGUCUCUGGUUAGCCAGAGCAACACCUACAUCGCCAGCAGGAAGAGCUCCAAGCUGCUUCCCAACCGCAUGCUGCUCCAGAGCAUCGCUGUCUACCUGACAGACAUGCUCAGGAUAUUUGGUGCUAUUGAGGGAUCUGAGACCAUUGGUUUCCCUGUUGGAGGAAGUGGCCAGAGUGCUGAUUUGGAAAGCACUGUGAUGCCAUAUCUCAAAGUCCUGUCAGACUUCAGGGAAGGAGUGAGGAAAAUUGCACGGGAGCAGAAAGUGACUGAGGUGCUGCAGUUGUGCGAUGUGGUGCGUGAUGACACUCUGCCUGAACUCGGCGUCCGCUUUGAGGACCACGAAGGACUUCCCACCGUUGUCAAGCUGGUUGAUCGGGAAACCCUGAUGAAGGAGAAGGAGGAUAAGAAAAGGAUGGAGGAGGAGAAGCGGAAGAAAAAGGAGGAGGCAGCUAAAAGGAAACAGGAACUGGAGAUGGCUAAACUGGCCAAGAUGAAGACUCCUCCCAGUGAGAUGUUCCGCACUGAAACAGACAAAUUCUCUGCAUUUGAUGACACUGGUUUCCCCACACAUGACGCAGAGGGCAAGGAGCUGAGCAAGGGACAAACCAAGAAACUACGCAAACUUUAUGAGGCACAAGAAAAAUUACAUCAAGAAUAUCUUCAGACGAGUCAGAAUGGCAACUGAGGAUCCUGGGAGAUUGAGUCCGUCUGGCCCAACCCUGCAAUCCGCCCAUUCUGUGUCCUUUCUAUGUCCUGGUGCACUUCUAAAAUUGAGGCCAGCAGGAUGCCUGUAAUCUGUGUGUCCUUGGACUGAUACUGGGCUUUAUAUUUUCCACGUGGCUGGGACAUGACUGACAAGUGAUUCAACUUACUGUGGUGUUAACAAUUGUAAGGAGAGGACAUCAACGGGGGUUGACCAAGUGAAUGGAAACAUGAUAGAACAUACUUCUUAAGAUAUAAGGCUGUAUUGAAUGCCCUCUUUACAGUCAAUUUGUGUUCCCAUUCAGCUUGCAGGUUUACCAUAAUGGUUAAAGAAAUAUUGAAAAAUAUUUCCAACAAAUGUUUAUAAGGACAUGAAACACAAAUAAUAAAAUACAUUCUUCCAAUAA